UAACAUAAAGUUUUCGUAUAUUCUCCAUUUUUAAUUAUUGUUCGUCAUUCGUGUUACUUGUAAGAGACUCGUUUCUAGCUUUAAAGCAGAAAGGAUUUGCGUUUAAUCGAGACAAUUUAUUUAAUAGCGCGUAAUAACCGCUUAAAAUAAUUAAAAUAAAUAUCUAACAUCGAAAGAAGGACGAGAAAAUGGUGGAUAAAAUUGAGAUGAGCUUAGACGAAAUUAUUAAAUCGAACCGUCAAAUCCGGAAAAGUGGUGGCCGUGGUGGAGUUGCUGGCAAUAGGCGUAAUAGUGCAGGCACCCAACGUAGAGGAGGACGAAGAAAUCAGGGGACUUCUCGAAAGCCCGGUGGUGGCAUAAUAAAGGGUCGUGGGGGAGCUGGAGGGAUACACAAGGCCAAAUUCUCAAGGGGUGAUGUUAACAGCGCCUGGAAACAUGACAUGUACGACGGCCCUAAACGCGGCAUACUGAAAUCAGCGGAAUCGGCCAAACUAUUGGUGUCGAAUUUGGAUUACGGUGUUUCGGACUCCGAUAUUAAGGAACUUUUCACUGAAUUCGGUCCUCUGAAGAAGGCGGCUGUACAUUACGAUCGUUCAGGACGUUCUUUAGGAACUGCUGAUGUAGUAUUUGAACGACGGUCGGAUGCCUUAAAAGCUAUUAAACAAUAUAAUGGAGUACCUUUGGAUGGAAGACCAAUGAAUAUACAGUUUUUAGCCAGCCCUGAAGUAGCAGCGGGUGUAAACAGAUUACGUGGAGCUGCUAAUAGACGCCGACCGCAAAUAGGGGGUGCAGUUAAACGAGCAUCUCUUGGCAACCGUCGAGGAGGUGCUCCUAACCGCAACAGAGGUAAUGUGGGCAAUCGUGGAAAAAAAAUUGCUCCCACUGCUGAAGAACUGGAUGCGGAAUUGGAUGCUUAUGUCAAUGACAUGAAAAUUUAAACUUAAUUAAAAUAUGUAGAUCGUUGAUCAUUCAUUCAUAAAAAUAUAUUCAUUUAUAUACAUGUAAAACAAAAAAGUAGAUUUUAAGCAAUCGUCAAAAGUAUGGCGGCAACAUAUGCUCUGACUACAGAUAAUUUCCAUCCUAAUAACAGAAAAAAAGUACAAUCAACAAGUCAUAUAUUUUGCUGCUUAAUUGUAAUCGGAUUGUUUUACAAAAUUACCUUCUUUUUAUGUCUUGUAAAAGCUGUAUUCCAAUUAAUUGACAAUUAUGUAACGUCUGCUUCAUAAGGAAAUUCAGUUAAUGAUAUUUUUGAUCACAACAAAGUACUAAAUAAAUUUUGCAGAACAUAUUUUUAAAUUGUUUAGAAUUUAA